CUUGUGCGCUAGAGAGAUCGACGUUUGAAGAGAAAAAAAAUCGUGCUAACGUAGACGGUGAUUUCUUUCCGUAUGUUAUUUGUAAGGUAGAUCUGAAUAGCGGCAUGUUCUGUCUUGAUAAAUUUAUAAUACAUUGAUUGGUUAGAACACAUGCUGGACAGUAUCUGAGAGUUCGCAAACAACGCAUUUGCGUGCUUUACUGGAGUUUGUCAAAAGGGGGAAUCGAAAAGAAGACUGAAGCGCAUUUUACGAACACGUCUAAAAUGGAUUAUUUUAUGUGAUGGAGUCUGAAUCAACGGAGGAUGUAUAAGCAAGACGGGAAUUUGGAUAAAGUUAUACAUUUAUGUACUCAUAUUGUUUAAAAAAGUUCGAAUUUCACCGUUUCGAAAAAUGGCAUCGACGAAAGUUGUAAAAAAUCCAUUUCAAGAAGAAGACAGCCCAAAAUUGAAUAAAAAAACAAAGAAUGCUAAACAAGGUUUGCAAAAUGACCUCAGUGGAGACGCAGCUCCCGACAACCAAGACAUCGGCGCCAAACGCAAAGCAGGAGUCUCACUCAACGCCGCCGGAGGACGGCACGGAUUGCCCGAACAGGGAUUAUUACUUCUGCCACCUAAGACAGACGAACCAAAAGUUGAAAAUCCAGAAACCGCUAUCGGAAUUGGAAGUACGGUAGCAGCGAACGGUGGUGGGGCUGGACAACCUGGUGGGGUAGACUGGAGUACUGUAUUAACUGCUGCCAGAAAGCAAUAUAGUGCCAUGCACGGCACUACUAAUGCGCGAAAGCGCAAAACACCUGUGGAUGUAAAUGCAGGAAGAGCACCCCAGGCUCUUUUGUGCCUAGGACUGAAGAAUCCGAUAAGAAGAGCAUGUAUGAAUAUUGUAGAUUGGAGGCCGUUCGACGUUUUAAUUCUAUUAACGAUUUUUGCCAAUUGUGUAGCACUUGCAUUCAACGUUCCAUUUCCUGGGGACGACUCCAAUAGAACUAAUGAAAUUUUGGAAAAGGUUGAAUACAUUUUUCUUGGAAUAUUUACAAUCGAAGCAGUUCUGAAGAUAGUGGCUUUUGGCCUCGCUUUUCAUCCGAACGCAUACUUACGUAACGGAUGGAACGUCAUCGAUUUUGUUAUUGUUGUAAUUGGGUUGAUCAGUAUCGUUUUGGAAAAGGCAGAUGUGGGAAGUACCGAUAAAGUCCGCUCACUUCGUGCCUUCAGAGUUCUUCGACCUCUUCGUCUUGUAUCUGGCGUACCAAGUCUUCAAGUUGUCUUGAACGCCAUCAUUCGAGCCAUGGUGCCUCUUCUUCACAUCGCUUUACUUGUUAUAUUUGUUAUCAUUAUUUAUGCCGUUGUGGGACUUGAGUUAUUCAAAGGAAGACUUCAUAAAACAUGUUAUCGGAAUGAAAGUGGCCACUUCACUUUUGCCGAAGACGAUCCAAUGCCUUGCUCACCCCAAGGCGACCCAGGUCGCGACUGUCCCCCAGACACACUCUGUUUGUCCGGUUGGCAGGGACCGGCCAAAGGAAUUGUUAAUUUUGAUACAUUUUAUUUUGCGAUCAUAACUGUGUUUCAAUGUAUUACAAUGGAGGGCUGGACGGACGUACUAUAUUUGAUGAAUGAUGCGAUAGGAAACCUCAUGCCUUGGGUAUAUUUUGUAUCAAUGAUAAUCAUCGGUUCAUUUUUUGUUAUGAACCUCAUUCUUGGUGUAUUGAGCGGGGAGUUUUCUAAGGAAAGAGAAAAAGCAAAUUCUCGUGGUGAGUUUCAGAAAUUACGAGAAAAACAACAAGUAGAUGAAGAUAUGAGAGGAUACAUGGAUUGGAUCACACAAGCUGAAGAUAUUGAACCUGUUAAUGAUGAAGAUGGAAGGGAUGAUCGAAUGAGUAGCGACCAAUUGGAUGAAGUAGGGAGUGACGUUUCUGGAAUGCAAUUAGACGAAAGUUGGUGGCAGAUGCAGCGGAGAAAAUUGUUUAAAGUCUGCUACAGUCGACGAUGGCGGCGAUGGAACCGCAAGACUCGACGAAAAUGUAGGACGAUGGUGAAAUCAAAAGGAUUUUAUUGGGUUGUCAUCGUACUUGUAUUUCUCAAUACACUGUCUUUAGCUACAGAACACUAUCAACAACCUUAUUGGUUAACCGUGGUGCAAGAUUUAUCAAACAAAAUUCUACUUGCUCUGUUUACGUUGGAAAUGUUGCUGAAAAUGUACUCAUUAGGAAUGCAACAGUAUUUUGUAUCCUUGUUCAACAGAUUUGAUUGUUUUGUGGUUUGGGGAGGAAUAAUUGAACUCGUUUUAACGAACUCUGAGGUUAUGGAACCACUCGGUAUUUCUGUGUUACGUUGUGUUCGUUUGUUGAGAAUCUUCAAAAUGACGAGGUAUUGGAAUUCACUGAGCAAUCUCGUCGCAUCUCUUCUCAAUUCUAUUCGUUCCAUCGCAAGUUUACUCGUCCUCCUAUUUCUCUUUAUUAUAAUUUUCUCACUUCUUGGUAUGCAAUUGUUUGGUGGAAGAUUUGGUGAUAUAGCCGAAGGAGACGUAAAAAUCAGAUCGAACUUUGACACGUUUCCACAAGCUCUACUCACCGUGUUUCAGAUUCUAACUGGUGAAGACUGGAAUGUGGUGAUGUACAACGGCAUUGAGGCUUAUGGUGGAGCAAAAACGAUUGGUUUACUUACUUCAGUAUAUUUCAUUAUUCUAUUUGUCGGAGGAAACUAUAUCUUAUUGAAUGUCUUCUUGGCUAUUGCUGUUGAUAACUUAGCAGAUGCUGAAAGCCUUGGUGUUGCCCAGAAAGAGAAAGAAGAAGAAAUUAAAAGGAAGAAAACAAUGAGACUCAAAAAACUUCGAAAAUUAUUUAAAAAAAAAGAACAAUUGAGUGUAGAAGCUGAUCAGCUGGGCAAAGAAGAUGCAUUGAGUAGAGUCGAUGAGGAAACAAACAUAAACGAUUAUGAAGACAUAAGGAUCGAGGUAACUGGAGCAUCAGAUACGAAUUCGGAUAAACAUUUGCCCGAAUUGAGCGACAAUGAAUCGGAACCAGAAAUACCGGCGGGACCGAGACCUCGACGAAUGUCGGAAUUACAUUUGAAGGAAAAAGUUGUACCAAUGCCGGAAGGAUAUGCAUUUUUUAUAUUGAGCAAUGUAAACCCUGUUCGAGUAUUUUGUCAUCGUGUUGUGAACGACAAUUGGUUCAACAAUGGUAUAUUAGCUUGUAUCAUAUUGAGCAGUAUUGCUUUAGCUUGCGAGGAUCCGAUCAACCCUAAUUCACCAAGGAAUCAAGUUUUGCUAUAUUUCGACUACGUUUUCACCGGAGUAUUUUCGAUUGAGAUUGUAUUGAAGAUGACAGCUUAUGGUGUUGUUUUUCACAAAGGAUCUUUUUGUAGAAAUUAUUUCAAUUUACUCGAUUUAUUGGUCGUCGUUGUCUCUCUCAUAUCAAUGCUCAGCAAUUCGGAUACGUUUUCUGUGGUCAAGAUUCUUCGUGUGUUACGUGUAUUGAGACCUUUACGUGCUAUCAACAGAGCAAAGGGAUUAAAACACGUCGUGCAGUGUGUUUUUGUGGCAAUAAGUACCAUCGGAAACAUUCUCAUUAUCACAGCAUUACUACAGUUUAUGUUCGCUUGUAUUGGUGUUCAGCUUUUCAAAGGAAGAUUGUAUUCUUGUACAGAUCAGUCUAAACAAACCCAAGAAGAAUGCCAGGGAAAUUACUUUGUGUAUUCGAACGACCGGCAUAGCCAACCAAGCGUCGUAGAAAGGGUUUGGGAAAACAGUCCUUUCAACUAUGACAAUGUCAUGAACGCUAUGCUGGCUUUAUUCGUCGUUGCAACGUUUGAGGGAUGGCCUGGCUUGUUGUACAAAUCUAUCGACUCUUGGGAAGAAGAUCACGGACCUAAAUAUGAUGCUCGUCCCGCAGUUGCAUUGUUUUAUUUUAUUUACAUCAUCGUCAUUGCAUUCUUUAUGAUGAAUAUUUUUGUUGGUUUUGUCAUCGUCACGUUUCAAGAACAGGGAGAACAAGAAUAUAAAAAUUGCGAGUUGGAUAAAAAUCAGAGACAAUGUUUAGAAUAUGCACUAAAAGCGAAGCCAGUAAAGCGUUACAUCCCCAAAAAUCGACACCAAUAUAAAGUGUGGUUCGUCGUAAACUCAACAUAUUUUGAAUAUUUUAUGUUGGUCUUAAUUCUCCUCAAUACAAUAUGUUUAGCAGUUCAGCAUUACGAACAAUCAGAACAAUUGACUGCAGUUCUCAACAAGAUGAAUUUUGUAUUUACUGCACUUUUUACAUUAGAAAUGAUUGUGAAAUUAAUCGCCUUCAAACCAAGGCAAUAUCUAACAGACCCGUGGAACGUUUUUGAUGCGCUCAUUGUGAUAGGCAGUUUAGUCGACAUUGUGUUCUCCGAGUUUCACGUCGGAAGUGAAAAAUCAUUCAGUAUCAAUUUCUUUCGUUUAUUUCGUGUUUUACGUCUUGUCAAAUUACUCAGCAGAGGAGAAGGUAUCCGAACAUUAUUGUGGACUUUCAUAAAGUCAUUUCAAGCACUUCCUUAUGUCGCUCUGCUUAUUGUCAUGUUAUUCUUCAUAUACGCCGUCAUUGGCAUGCAAAUAUUUGGAAAAAUAAAGCCAUUGGAUGAAGAACAAAUCAACAGAAAUAAUAAUUUUCAAACAUUUCUGCAAGCCGUGUUGUUGCUAUUCAGAUGUGCUACCGGGGAAGCAUGGCAAGAAGUCAUGCUUGCUUCCGCUUCCGGUCGAGAGUGCGAUGAUUAUUCGGACUGGAAUUCUACUGGAAAUGCUUUACCUGAAGAUAAAUUUACCUGUGGAAGUGACUUCGCCUACACUUAUUUUCUUACCUUUUAUAUGUUAUGCGCAUUUUUGAUUAUUAAUUUAUUUGUCGCUGUCAUUAUGGACAAUUUUGAUUACCUGACACGCGAUUGGUCCAUUUUGGGACUGCAUCAUCUUGAUGAGUUUGCUAGGAUAUGGUCUGAAUAUGAUCCCGAAGCAAAUGGCAGGAUAAAACAUCUACACGUUGUUAAGUUACUUCGUCACAUACAACCACCGCUAGGUUUUGGAAAACUCUGUCCACAACGAAUGGCUUGCAGAAAACUAGUGUCUAUGAACAUGCCUCUCAAUAGCGAUGGGACUGUAAUGUUCAAUGCUACACUUUUUGCUCUGGUUCGCACGUCAUUGAAAAUCAAAUCAGAGGGCAAUAUCGAUCAAGCCAAUGAAGAAUUGCGUGCCGUGAUCAAGAAAAUAUGGAAAAGAACAUCAAUAAAGCUGCUAGAUCAAGUUGUGCCACCGGCUGGAAAUGACGAAGUUACAGUGGGAAAAUUCUACGCCACGUAUUUGAUUCAAGAUUAUUUCCGAAAAUUUCGAGAGAAAAAACAAAAACAAAUGCAGCAUGCAAGUGGAAACUUCCCCGCUCAAGGAGGAAAUACACACACGUUACAGGCGGGUAUCAGAGCCAUACAAGAUACUGGUCCGGAAUUGAAGAGAACAAUAUCCGGAAAUCUGUUGACUUAUGAUUGUGAUGAGGAGGCAGACCGCGAGUCAGCUGAUUAUGAUGACGAACCUAUUCACAGGAGACGUCAUAGCUUGUUUGGACUCAAGGGUGCUCCUGGACACGCUGGAACUCCAGUGGUUACUUCAAAACGACCUUUAGUAGUUGAGGGGGAACCUCCAAAGCCCAACGAUCACCAUCAAAGGCAUUCUGAUCAAAGUCCACUGACAAAUCGACUCAUGCCACAAACUCCCAUCCCAAACUCCAAUGCAGUUGCAAACAACAAGCAGAAUAAUCGCAACGCAGAAGCAAUAUACACGAUACCUUCUCAAAACUCAGCACAUUAUAUAAAGUCACCGGAUAGCAACGCGGAUCGGUUUAUUGGAGGCGGUUCUUUGAAAAGGUCUCGGGCAACUCCUAUUCAGCACCAGGAAGGAUAUACAAGCCCUAGCCAUAAUACUAACAGGAAUAAUUCUGCAGAGCCAAAACUAGAUUUGGAUAAUCAAGUUCACGUUAAAUAUAACCCCAGAAGCAGGAAAUCAAUACAACGCGCAUAUUCUGUGGAAGAAGAGGAUAGAAGAAGCAACAGAAGAAACUUUAUUCUGCCCUUCACGUCUGUCGGAGAAAAUUUGCAUCGGCAUUUGGCAACUGAAGAUGAGACUGUAACUCCAGUAGUUAGAAGAAGACCAUGUUACUGUGGUAAACCCAGAGAAGUGAAAAAAACGGAUUCCAGGCGGUCGUUAGAGUUUGCUCAUUUAGAACGCAAUCCACUGAGUUUAGCAUCUAAGUCACCAACCGCAAGUGACAUCAGACAAACUUAUUACGAAGGAAGACGUGUCGCCGGACCACGCCGUCGUUCGAUGUCAGUGCCAGAUAACGUUGAUGAAGUCAAUCCAAUGGGAUCUCAUGAACGUCAACGACUUUUAGAUCGAGAAUCGGAUUCGUUUUUCGACGAUGCAAGUUCAAUAUCUUGUUCGGUAACCGAUUCCGAUAAUUUUCAAUCCGACACUCUUAGCUUGAAUGGCGAUUUGGAAGAGGACCGUAGGACUUACAAAACGGCCUCAAGUGCCUUCCAGCCGUUGUCUACGGCUGACAUAAAACCAAAUUCACGUAGUCAGGUUAACGGACGUCGGAAGUUGCCUGCAACGCCAGAGGCCUCGAAACGAACAUUUGUCGUUCCUGCAGCUGUUCACAGAAACAUGAGGCAUUCAAGAGAUGAUUUAGAUUCGAAUCCGGAAAGUACACCUCUCAUCAAUAACCGGAUAGAGACAAGCUUCCAAAGACGUCCACUGUUACGUAACUAUGAAAUGCGUGGGAACUCGUUGGAGGACGAUGACGAUGAUAGUGACAUUAGAGACAUCAGAAGACAUAAUAAUGAAGUGAUUUUAUAUAGCAAGCUUGGAAACAAUAAUCGCUUUGAUAACACCAAACCACAACACAAUGUUCAAAUAUAUCGGAAUGGUGGAAAACAAGUAAUUCUGGACAAUCAUUUUCCUAAACAAAAUUCAAGUCAGAAUCGACUUUGCCGUCAAGAUAGCUUUGCUGAUGAACUUGACGAAUCAAUACCCGUUUCAAAAUUAGCGUCAUACUUUCCGGAUACCAUACCAGAGCUAAGAAACGAUACGCGAACACCGAAUCCCCGACAGUCUUCCAUAAAACUGAAUCAGAGUGACGAAGAGGCAGAGCUCGCUAGUGAAAUGAUAAUACCAAGGACUAAAUGACAACUCGACGUCUUUUUGUCUGCAACAAUCCUUGAAAUCGUGUAAGCGAUUGCCUAUGGCCGUGGUGUGGAGACCGGCACCACAAAGGAGCAAUUAAUUCAAUACAUGGAUUUUUCUUUUUUGCCUCCCAUGAGAUGGGUAAAGUUUAUAAUACGAAAUUGGUCCUGUUAUGGCUUUAUUCUCUGCAAUAUAUAGAUAUAUUCUUUUUGAGUAGGGACUCGAUCUUAGGCUAGUUAUUUAAACGCAUAUGUCUUUUCAAGAUUACGAAGGAAUAUUUCGGUUGGUGUUGGAUUCAUAUCGUGAUAUGGCUCUGAAAUAUAAGCUCGUGUAAAACUUAUUGUAAGGUUGAUUUUUGCUACAAUUAUAUAUCAUACUCUAUUUUUAAAAGUGCUUGAAUAACACUUCAAAUUUGUAAAACAAACAAAUUAGAUUUUCUCUACGAGUUACAAUAAAUAAUGCAAGAGAACGACGUCAAUAGAAUAUUGAAAAUACAACUUUUAGCCUCUGACGUUCCAUCCUCGUGAACUCAGUUGUCUGUUCUUUGCCGUCAUAUAACGAAAAACCUUUGAGUAAAUUCUUCAUCCAAUCAACAAAAAUCGCAUUUCUGUUAGGUAUUAUGGAUGAUUUUCGCAUCCUGUCGAAAAGUAUGCACAAAUCAUAUCCCUCGCUUUUGUACUCUUGUGGUGUGACAAGCGGAGUACAAGUUUCAAUAUUAUUAUAGGAUCAUACUAUUAUCUAUAUGUUUUCGCCACACGUAUUCAGAAAUGAAUUCAAACUUUGUUCGCAAUGAAAGUCAAGCCCUUUAGAAAACAAUCUUCUUAGAAUAUGCGCUUUUUGAAAUACCGGAGAUAUACUAUCACUUUAUCGUUAAAAAUUCAUUCAUUGUUCAAGCUUGGUUUAUAGCUCACUUUAUAAGUUUAUGCUUGGCUAAUUGUUGGGUUUGUUAAAUUUUGCUUAUAUUUGUUUCUGUUGAGUUCCCGAUUCUCAAUUUAAAAAUAUAUAUAUACUUGAAUAAUGUACGACUUUACAUGCCUUUUAAAUUGCCUACCAUUCAAAUGUAAUGGCACUGAACGAAAAUAGUAUAAUUGUGAACUGAAUGGUAUAAUAGUUUUUAUUAUUAUUUGCUCUCUCUCUCUCUCUCUUUCUUUUAAAAUUGCCAGCACUUUAUGACAAUUUAUCUCUCUAUACUGUGGUUCGACAAAUAAAAACAAUUUUAUGAAAA